UAUUCCUAGACAUCGCAAUACGAACAGAUUUUGUAUGGAGACAUUCUUAACAAUUUUGAAGAUGAUUAUUUUUCCAUCUAAUCGUCGAAAUUAUUUGCAUUAACAAUGCUGUAAAGUGGUUUCGAUGAUUGAAUAAUCAUCCAUUCAACCAGACCAAAUAUCAUUUACAAAUUUUAUACAAAUUUUAUACAAUGAAUGAAAACAAAUACGAUUUCGUGAAUAGAGGAGUUACUGCAAGUCCCGAAGAUCUUUCACCUCAAGAGGAUAACAGAUAUGAAUACACCAAACAUUCGAUUUCUGGCGUCAAAAAGGAUUUAGAGGCAGUAAUCGAUCUCAUGGGCCCAGAAACGCCGCAGUUUAGGAGCAGCUACGAGGAACCAGAGUUGGAAAGCUUUUCGUUUAGCGAUAAAAUCAUGGACGAGUGCAAGGUGCCGAAAUUGGCGCCACACGCCCAGAAGUAUGUGGAGCAGACGAAAAUUGAUUCGGACGAAUCGUGGAACAAGACAACUUGUACGGAAACACUUCCCGUUGACGAAGCCCCUUCAGCAAUUGCGGAACCGGCAACGACGGGCACCGAAUGCUCCACCUGCAACCAGCCUUGCCCCCAUCCCAGUUAUUGGAACGGGCACGAGUUUCGCUGCAGCUGUCCGGAGAACAGUGCCACGUACAACAGACGACACUAUCACCGGGGGAUCGCUAAAAACCACACACCGAGGUUUGUGGCACGAUACGGGAACAAGAGGAGAAAUAUAGUGCAGUGGUUGCGACGUUUUGUCGGUGCCAAUCACAGCGAAGCCUCCACCAAUGACUACUACAAAAUCAACGUUAAGGAGUCUACGAUACAUAGAUCUCCACCUAAAAAGUUGGUGUUUGAGCUGGUGGACCGCACGUUGAAGCAAAAUCGGGAAAACAUUCUUCUCAACUGCAACAAUCCAAAAUGCAGGAAGGAGGCUCCGCCAGACAGACACAAACGUAUGAAAAACAAAACAAAUGAAAAUUUGAUUAUCAGGGAAAUGUAUGGGGAUGAACAAUUGUCUAACGUCAAAAAAUUGAGAGAAACCAUAUCGGUUCUGAACAAGAAUGUUCACCACGAGCCGUUCCCUAAAAAGGCUACACUUUUGGACUGCGACGGAACCACUAGGGUUGACGUCUAUUAUUUUGAUCAUGGAGAUACGCAAUAUUUGCAAACAGUGGACCGAUCUCCUUUGGCGUCCACCGAACUGUUAGCAGAGAGAACCGAAAAUUACACGACGAAAUUUUGGGCGGAGAUGUUCGGAACUCUGCACAUUGGUUUUUCGUUUUGCACGUCGUUUUGUCUGCAGUUUUGCAGGUUCAUAACUGUCAGCUUGAUUCGACCUCUAACGGUUGGACUGAUGCAAGUGUCGUCGGAUUAUCUGUUAAAACCGUUGCUGGCCACCGUCUUCAAUGCGGUCCUGCAACCUCCUUUGAUAUUCCUUAAAAACCUCGCAGUGUCGUUCCGCGAUUUCGUCAGACCGUUGGCGGAGUCCAUCGGCUUUUUCCUGCGGGAGAUCGCUACUGUGUUUUCGGCGUUCAGGUUCGUGGAGGUGAAGCAGACGCGUUUCGGGGACACGCAGGACUCGACCGAGUGGACGCGGAAACGUAGUAAUUCCAGAUGAAUUAAAAACUUCUGGGUUUUUAUAUUUUAUGUAUACAUCUAGUAAGAAAAACUUUAUAUUUUAUACAUUCAAUGCAUAGGACCAGUUUAUAUUUAUAUUUAUAUUUAUAUUUUAUAUUGUUUACAUAUAAUAUUGUAUAUAUACCUAUAAUAAAAUAAGAAUAAAAUUUGAGAGGCACUAUAACAAA